CGGCGCGUGAGUCUCCCCGCGCCUCACCGCUGGAACAGCUCGUGUUUGUGUAGCAGCCCUGCGCUUCAUCGUCCCCAUCAUGGUUGAGCAGUUUGUCGGAACCUGGACUCUGACUGCCAGCGAGAACUUUGACGAAUACAUGAAGGCAAUUGGUGUGGGCUUCGCCACCCGGCAAAUGGGCAACAUGGCGAAGCCAAACCUGGUGAUCAGCGUGGACGAUGCUGGGGUUAUUUCAAUGAAGUCUGAGACUACUUUCAAGACCACAGAGAUCAAGUUCAAGAUGAACGAGGAGUUCGACGAGACGACCGCAGACGGCCGACAGGCCAAGACCACCUUCGCGCUUGAGAACGGCAAACUUGUGCAGAAGCAGACGUGGGAGGGAAAAACGACUACACUGGAACGAGAGGUUCAAGAUGGAAAACUGACAGCUAAAUGUGUCAUGGCUGACAUUGUGGCAGUGAGGACCUAUGAAAAGGCUUAAUUCAUUUGGUAAACAUCCGUUGUUGAGCCUGCACAUCCGUUCAAUUACCAAACACCAAAUGCAAUGAGAUAUUGCCAAAUAUGCCAAUAAAGUUCUGAACUGCAAUACUUGA